AUGGAUUAUACAAAAAUAUUACAUAAUAUAUUGGGUAAUAUUUACUGCUUUCAAAUAAUUUUUGUUUAUUCUAUUAUAAUCAAUCAAUAUGUAACCAAACAAAACAAUAUUCCAAAGAGGGUAGAAAGUCCACUUGCAAUGUUGAAAUAUUUUGUGACUCAUACGAGUCUUCAUGGCAUACAGUACGGAGUAGAUGGUCAACUGUAUAAAAUUGAGCGCGUCAUAUGGGUACUACUAGUUUUGAUUGGUUUCAUCUGUGCUUUUCUCGUGACUCUCAAAAUAAAGGAAAAUUACCAAUCUCAGCAUACCAAUGUUAUAAUCGAAAAUUUAGAUUAUAAUAUUGCCAAUGUCCCAUUUCCCAGCGUUACCAUAUGUCCUGGCAAUCGAAUCGAUUGGGGCAAAGUUGACGCGUUGGCAGAUGCUUUAAUUCCUGAAAGUAACAAGGAAGAACGAGACGUUUUCGUAGAGAUUCUAAAAAAAAUAUCCAUAUUCGACCGGAACCAUUUGGGUGAACUGCAAAUUCCCACCGACAGUACCAAAAUUCUCACUUUACUCGAUAGUAUCAACAUAACGGAGGUAUUAAUAAAUCUUAUGCCCAAAUGUGAUCAAUUGUUUCACGAAUGCACGUGGAUUAAUGAAAAGAAAAAUUGUUGCGAUUUAUUUGACAUUGAAAAAACGGAGCUUGGAAUGUGUUAUUCGUUCAACUCUUUGACAACUACUGAAAAAAAUAUAGUCGAGCCGUACACAACGAAUAAUUUUGGCAGUGGAAGCGGACUACAAAUUAUGAUUACAAAUGAAAAAUUAAAUCAUGUAGUUGAAAAAGAAAAGGACACAUCAUUUUACUUUUUAUCACAUCCCAAAGUCAAAACGAAAAGAUCUCGGAUGGUCCGGUAUGGAGUAAAAUAUGAUGUUGCUAUUAAAUUCACGGCCGUGCAUUCGUCCGAUGAAAUUUUGGAGCUAGAAAAUACGAACAACCCACCCUGCAAAUACGACAAUGGGCAAUACUUUCGGGACAACUGCUUGAACAAUUGCGCACAGAAAAAUAUACAACUUUUAUGUGGGUGCAAUCUUGAAUUAUUUUACGAAAGAGAUGAUAAUAUUCAAGAAUGCACUAUAUCGGAUUUGGAAUGUAUCUCGAAGAACGGUAACACUUUGACAAUUUUCAAGUACAAGCGUAGAGCGUCGUGCAAAGCUUAUCGAUUUGACGACUUUGUAAUGUCAUUGCCAAACAAGCAACCAAACGUCACUCUUUUGGAUUUUCAUUUUGACAGACCAGAUGGAAUACUUUACAAAAGAAAUAUUGUUGUUUCUCAUCUUGAUAUUCUGGUGCAAUUUGGCGGAAUAUUUGGAUUUUUCUUGGGUGCCUCUAUGCUGACUGUAAUAGAAUUUAUAUACUGCUUCAUGGCUGGAGUGGUUUUCUUUAUCUGUCGUCGUUUAGUUAUUUCUAAAGAAAAAAAAGAAAAAGUCAGAGUAAUUCGCGUUUCCCACAGAAGGCCUUAUGAUAAUAACAUGCGACUAUAUCCACUACUCGACUUUCCCAUUGGGCCAAGGAAAAAGAGGAUACUUAAAUAUUGA